AGCACUGCAGGCAACAUGAGGACUCUGAUACUCGCGGCUCUGGUCGCUCUGGCGGCGGGCUCCGUGCUCCAAACGGACCUCCACACCGUCACCAUCACUAAGGACACUUUGGUGAACCUGGACAUUAAGUCGAAGCAGGUGCUGUGCAUGAAGCUGCUGAACCACAUCCUGCAGCCCACCAUCUACGACGACAUCCGCGACGUCGCCCGCGACUUCGUGCUCGAGGACAACCUCGACAAAUUCCUUAAAGUCGAUGUCGUUCAUAAGUUCAUCGACCUGUUCAAGAUGGGUCUGCUGCCCCGCGGGGAGGUGUUCGUGCACACCAACGAGCUGCAGCUGAACCAGGCCAUCCACGUCUUCAAGGUGCUGUACUUCGCCAAGGACUUCGACACCUUCAUCCGCACCGCGUGCUUCCUCCGCGAGCGCAUCAACGGCGGCAUGUUCGUCUACGCGUUCACCUGCGCCCUCUUCCACCGCGUGGACUGCCAGGGAAUCGUCAUUCCUCCCCCCUACGAGAUCUACCCGUACUUCUUCGUCGACAGCGACGUCAUCCACAAGGCCUUCACCAUGAAGAUGUCCAAGGCGGCCAAGGACCCCGUCGUCCACGACUACUUCGGCAUCAAGGUCACCGAUAACAACCUGGUCGUGAUCGACUGGCGCAAGGGCGUCCGUCACACCCUCACCGAGUUCGACCGCACCAACUACUUCACCGAGGACAUCGACCUCAACACGUACAUGUACUACCUGCACAUGAGCUACCCGUUCUGGAUGACCGACGACGCGUACGGCCUGCAGAAGGAGCGCCGCGGGGAGACCUACAUGUACGCCCUCCAGCAGCUGUCCGCCCGAUUGAGACUCGAGCGCCUGUCCCACAAGAUGUGCGACCUGAAGAUGCUCGACCUGAACAGACCCCUGAAGACCGGCUACUGGCCCAAGAUCCUGCUGCCCAACGGCGAGCACAUGCCCGUCCGCCGCAACAACGUGAUGCUGGUCAACGACUUUAACAUGAAGCAGAAGCUGGUCGUCGACGACAUCGAGAGGAUCAUCCGCGAAGGCAUCUUGAACGGCCGCAUCGAACGCCGUGAUGGAACUAUCAUCAACCUGAAAAAGACCGAGGACUUCGAGUACCUGGCCCGUCUCCUGGUUGGGGGCAUCGGCAUUCAGAACGACGACGCUAAGGUCAUCCACAUCACCAACAUGAUCAAGAACCUGGUCACCUACGGCACGUACAACUUGAAUAAGUACACCUACAUUCCGACCGCCCUGGACCUGUACUCCACCUGCCUCCGCGACCCUCUCUACUGGAAGAUCAUCAAGCGCAUCAUCGACCACGGCGUGCUCUUCAAGAGCCUGCUGCCCAAGUACACCAAACAGGAGCUCGACUUCCCCGGAGUGAAGGUCGAGAACGUAAUGACCGACAAGCUCGUGACCUUCAUGGACGAGUACGACCUCGACAUGACCAACGCCCUGCACCUGGACCACACCGAGAUCAAGAACAAGCGCUCCGACAUGAUUUACGUCGCCCGCACGCGCCGCCUCAACAACCAGCCCUUCAAGGUGAACAUCGACGUGAUGUCCGACAAGGCCGUCGACGCCGUGGUCCGCGUCUUCAUCGGUCCCAAGUUCGACUGCAUGGGCCGCCUCUUGAGCGUCAACGACAAGCGCCUCGACAUGGUCGAGAUCGACAGCUUCCUGUACAAGCUGGAGACCGGCAAGAACACGAUCGUGCGCGACUCCCUCGAGAUGCACGGCAUCAUCGACGACAGGAUCUGGACCCGCCGCCUCAUGGGCGAGCAGGUCGGCGUCGCCCACACCGUCGACAAGAUGGUAGACAGCUACUGGUACAAGACGCGCAUCGGCAUGUCGCACCGCCUGCUGCUGCCGCUCGGUACGCACGGCGGGCUGCUGCUGCAGAUGUUCGUGAUCGUGACGCCGGUGCGCACCGGCACGCUGCUGCCCACGAUUGACCUCGGCGUGAUGAAGGAUCGCCGCGUGUGCCGCUGGGCCGCUUGCAUCGACACCAUGCCGCUGGGCUUCCCCUUCGACCGUGAGGUCGACGUGACCACCUGGCACACGCGCAACAUGAAGUUCGCCGACGUGUUGGUGUAUUACAAGGACAUGGCGUUGGCCAACGUGGUGAAGGACACGGACCUGUCGGACAUGAUCAUGAAGCGCGACGACCUGACGUACCUGGACACCGACAUGCUGGUGCGCUGGUCCUACCGCGACGUCAUGAUGAUGAGCGCCGACAAGAUGACCCGCAUGUGAACUCCGCGAAUGUUUGAAUAAAAGUAAUGCCAUGAAUUGAAU